ACCAGCUCAACCAGAGGGCCGACAACGGCCAAAAAUUGCGGUCUCGAGAGCGUCCCUGGUCAGCAACUGGAAUGUCCAUGCAUGCUCCAUCAUGCAACUCGCCGCGCGGAUAUAACCUCCACUCCUCUGCUUUCCAUCCUCCAAGCCGCUGCAGGUCGCGCCUGGGUCCGGACGAGACCGGUACGUGCCUUCCACCGUGCCGUGCCCACCGUCACCUUCGCUCAAGCCGAACGCAAGGACGGUGAGAGCUCGAGGGGUCUCGUCGCGCAGUGGGCCUCUGGCUUGCGGUGAGUGCUGACACGA